AUGAAUCUUGUCAAGGUAGCAAAAUCACGUCUGCAAAUAAUGAGUGAAAAAGAUUGGGAUGUAUUGCUUGCUGAUGUUUCUAAGUUUUGUAGCAAAUAUGAACUGGAUGUGCUUGACAUGGAAGAUGAGUUUGUAGCUCGAAAAAAAGGAAGACGUAGAGCUGAGAAAAUGAAGUAUCUCCACUAUUAUCGAGUUGAGCUCUUUUGUUCUGUUAUUGACUUGCAAGCUCAAGAGUUGAAUCAACGUUUUGAUGAAGUCAACACAGACUUAGUUUUAUGCAUGUCAUGUUUUGAUCCUAGGGAUUUAUUUUCUGCAUUUGAUUUGGAGAAGCUGCUUCGUCUUGCACGGUAUUAUCCUUCUGAAUUUUCUGAAGUUGCUUUGUCCGAACUUAAAAGUCAACUUGAGAACUUUAUUUUCGAUGUGCGCAUAGAUGAAAAGUUUUCACAAAUAUCAGGAAUCAGUGGUCUUGCUCAAAAGAUGGUUUCUACAAGGAAACAUGAAGUUUUUCCAAUGGUUUAUUCAUUAGUUAAGUUGUCAUUGAUCUUACCAGUUGCCACUGCAUCAGUAGAAAGAGCCUUUUCAGUAAUGAAGAUCAUCAAGACUUCUCUACGUAAUAGCAUGGGAGACCAACUUUUGAAUGAUUGCUUAGUUCCUUACAUCGAAAAGGAUGUGUUUGUUAAAGUUACCAAUGAAACUAUUAUGCAGCGGUUUCAGAAGAUGAAUAAUAGAAGACAAAUGUUAUUAUGUGAUUGCAUUUGA